AUGUCCGAAAUCGAAGAAUUAACCAAAUAGAAGCAAGUCUUGUAGACUCAAUAAGCAAAUCUCGAGAAUUGGGUUAUUCUAAAGAAAAACCUUUAGUAAAAGUUCAAGAAUCCAUCAGAAGCAUAUAAAGGUUUGGUGAAAGAGAAUGCUCAAGAAUUGUAAAUUUAAGAUUUUGCUGACUAUGCAAAAGGUCUAAACUUGAAUGAAUUGUUUAAGGAUUAACACUUAAAUGAAGAAAACUUUAUUAAGAUUUGGGAAUCAUGGGAAUUUAAUUAUAAAGCCAAUUAGCAUAAAUUAUAGAUGAUAGAUGAAAAGUUAGAAGUGCUUGUAAUCUUGGAAGAUAAGGAUGCUAAGAUGUUUAAGGGAGAUCCUUAAAAAAAAAAGUUAAUAGUAUCUUAAAUUUAAGGAUGUGAAAAUCUUGAAGAUUUAUAUAAAAAGUUAGGUGAAAUGGUUUAAACAAGCACUGAUUAAAAACAAAAGGACGAAGUGGUUCCAAAUGAAAGUGAUAUUUUUUCUUAGUUUUUGGCAAAAAAAAGUUAAAUUUAAUUUAAUGAACUUUCAAUUAGUAAAAUGCAAACCAAAUUGGCAGAAAUCCCAUAAUAGGCAGAUGCAUCAGAUGGUGCAUAAAAAUAAAAACUUGAAUAGCCAUUAGUUGAAAGUUAAAUUGUUGUCAUUGGAAAAGUGACAUUACCUAAAAAAAGUUAUUUAGACUCUUAACAUAGUAUCAUUCACAAAAGAGGCAACUAUUCAACAAACUAAUAAUCAAAAACAUUCAUCUAUGAUUCCAAUAACAUCAAAAUAUUAUCUCCAAAACUGGCACGUCCUAAAGAUUAAUUUAGAAGUCCUAAGAACUUCUAACAGCCCUCAAAUUUUGAUGAAAAUGAUCACAUUAGAAGAUCCUAGAAAACCAAAAGAUUAAAGGGAGAUUUGUAAAAUUAUAUUGGAGAACUAUUUCAUUGUGACACUCAUUAAAUAAAUCCAUAUGAAGUUCAAUAGAAAGGCUUAUAGGGUUUUAAUUGUAAAAAGAGUUUGAAGACAGUACAACAUAGAAUUGAUUUAAAACCUGCUGAGUCUAUUGAAUCUUAAAAUAUUCAAAAAAGAGUUUAAAAUAUUAGACACAAACUAGAUGAAUAUUCCAAUAAAAGAACUAGAAGAUAUUCUCCUUAAAAACCAUACAUCUCAGGAGUGUUGAUUAAGAAUGACGCUACUCCUGAGAGAAGAUACUCUUAAAGAAGAUCGAGUCCAUAUACACCUGGAAAUGUCCAUAGAUUAAAUGUGGAUAGAUUAAAAUAAGAGAAGGAAAUUAUUUAAUAACAAAAUUCAGAUAAAAGACCUUCAGGCAAUGAAGAAGACGAAGUCCCUUAAAAAGGUUUGGAUAGAUAAAAAGCUUUUAUAUCAGAUUGA